AUGACUGCGCCCAAGAGAAAAUGCCUUGAGCUGGAGACAGGAGGUUCUUGCCCCAUUGACAGAUUCACAGGAAGAGAACCAAAGACUUGUGACAGGGCCCGCGUGGCCUCCACCCUACGCUACUGCAUGAUGGUCAGCGGUGCGGUGGUCCUGGUGGCUGGGACCCUCUGCUUCGCCUGGUGGAGUGAAGGAGACGCAGGCCCCCCACCCAGCCAGUUAGCCUCACCCACUGGAUGCCCUGAGCCUGUGGCCCCCGGUGCCCUGCUCAGGUCGGUCAGCUUCUUCUGCUGUGGCGCAGGUGGCCUGCUGCUGCUGUUCGGCCUGCUGUGGUCAGUCAAGGCCAGCACCCAGAAGCUGCCUCGAUGGGACCCAUAUCACUUCUCCAGGGACCUGUACUACCUCACUGUGGAGUCCUCAGAGAAGGAGAGCUGCAGGACCCCAGAGGUGGUUACCAUCCCCACUUACGAGGAGGCUGUGCACUGCCCACUGGCUGGGGGACUCUCGACACCACCUGCGUCCCUUGUGGAGGAAGACCUGGAGCGUGGUGCCUCGGGGGAUGCCCUGCCUGGGGCUCAGCCCCCCUUGCCUCCACCCAGUUAUGAGAGCCUCAUCUUCGCUGCCGGUGGCAUCUCUGGAGAGGCGGUAGUGUCCCCAUUUAACAGGUGUGGAGACUGA